UGACCCGGAAGUGAUGUUUGCUGCGAUUUCUCCUGCUAUUUUUGCGAUGCUAAUUUUAGUUUCACUACCGGCAGCUUCUCGCCUAGACGCCUAAAUGUGUUGAUAAAUGUUUAUAUUUGUCUUUUGUUACCUUUCUAUUUAAGUAAAGAUACCAUAUUUUGGGGGAGAGAUGGAGUUUUUAAACCAGAGUGGGUCCAGACAGCGUAAGUUACAGCCGAAGAUCAGGAUGCGAGGCCCCUCAGGGGACCCCAGUGACCCCAGUCCGUUAUUUGACGACACUAGUUCGGAGGUGAACAAACACGGUCACGGCGAUGUGGGGAAAGGGCCUGAUGCGUAUCCAGGACAGGCCUUUCUGUCGGACCCCAUGUCUAACCUCGCCAUGGCCUACGGCAGCAGUCUCGCCUCCCAUGGCAAAGAGAUGAUGGACAAGAACCUGGAUCGAUUCAUCCCCAUCUCUAAGUUAAAGUACUAUUUUGCAGUAGACACGGUUUAUGUUGGCAAGAAGCUUGGACUGCUGGUUUUUCCCUACAUGCAUGAAAACUGGGAGGUGAGCUAUCAGCAGGAUACACCAGUUGCACCACGCUUUGAUAUCAACGCCCCUGAUCUGUACAUUCCCGUGAUGGGUUUCAUUACGUAUGUCCUGGUUGCUGGACUGGCUCUGGGCACACAGAACCGGUUUUCUCCAGAGAUUUUGGGCAUUCAGGCCAGCUCGGCCCUGGUGUGGCUCAUCAUCGAGGUUCUGGCUGUGCUCCUCAGUCUUUAUCUGGUAACCGUUAACACUGACCUCACCACCAUCGACCUGGUGGCCUUUUCUGGAUACAAAUAUGUUGGGAUGAUCGUGGGAGUCGUGGCCGGACUUUUGUUUGGCCGGACGGGAUAUUACCUCACACUGCUGUGGUGCUGCGUCUCUAUCUUUGUCUUUACGAUUCGAACACUACGGCUAAAGAUCCUGUCUGAGGCCGCCGCGGAGGGGCGGUUAGUGCGAGGAGCCAAAAACCAGCUGCGAAUGUACCUGACCAUGGCCAUCGCUGCAGCGCAGCCCGUGUUCAUGUACUGGCUGACCUUCCACCUGGUCAGAUAAGAGGACCCGUAGAGGGACAAAAGCUCAUAGAGACAUACGCCUAUUUGCACACAUGUAAUAAUAAACCAAUGGACACGUGUUGUGCAGCCUCAUCAUAGCACAAUAUGAAUUAUCUCAACUGUAAUUGCCCAGCUGUCUUUUGUAUGUUUUUGGUUUGUACAU